UCGUAUUUAAAGCCUUAGAGUGAGAAAGUUUGGAUAUUGAAGAGCUAUGCGACUUUUGUUUCGUGGUUUGCUGACAAGGAGUUACGGCAACUGCGCAAUUCAAAGGAUCAGAAAUAACAACAAAUGCAAAGAAAGGAAUAACACUGUGCGCCACAACACGACAUAUCGACGUUUCCUGCAAACAUCGGCUUCUCAGCAGAAUGAGUUUAAAAGUCCAAGACGAUCCGUGGAAAUACCUGAGAUUUCUCUGAGUGACUAUAUGUUUUCUCGAUUUUCAGAGUUUAGAAAUAGAAAAGCUCUCGUGGACAAUGAGACGGGAACUGUGUAUACUUACUCACAGCUGGAGAAUCUCUCAAGAAAGGUUGACAGUUUCUUUUAUAGGAAAGGCUUCCGAAAGAAUGAUGUCAUAUGUUACUAUGGCACCAAUAACCCAGAGUUUGCUUUACUGUUGCUAGGAUGCGCUUCUAUUGGCGUUGUCUUGACGACGGCUAACCCUGCGUACACGUCUGGAGAGCUGAAAAGACAGAUAGAGCAUUCUGGGGCAAUGACACUAGCCACUGUACCUUCUCUUGUAUCAAAGGCACAGGAAGCAGAAAUCAAGGACAUUAUAGUUAAUGGCAACGCAGAUAGAUGUCGAUCGUUUUUUGACAUAUUAGACAGAUUAGAUGGCGACGGUAAUUCUUUUCCGACGGAUAUAAAUAUUGACCCACACAAUGAUGUUGUCAUAAUGCCGUAUAGCAGCGGUACUACAGGACUUCCUAAAGGCGCCAUGCUUAGUCAUUAUAAUAUUUAUCCAAUCUCGUACAAUACAACUGUUACUGAUUCGAGCACAGAUGACAUCAACCUUGCUGUUCUCCCAUUUUAUCACAUCUAUGGAAUGGUUAUUGUUUUAUGCGACACAUUACAGUGUGGAGGUUUGCUGGUUACAACUACUGGAGUCGAACCCGAAGCAUUUUUAAAAGCCAUUGUGAAACACAAGGUAACACAGCUUCACGUUGUGCCACCCUUAUUGUUAUUUCUCACCCGCCAUCCAACUGUUGACGAGGUUAAUCUCUCACGGAUACGUAACAUUUUCUGCGGUGCUGCUCCGCUCGGAAUGACCAUUACAGAAGAGUUCAUGAAAAAGCGGAAUAAGACUGUGAGACAAGGUUACGGUUUGACAGAGACUUCCCCUGUGGUGUCUGUAGAAUCAGUUACAGCAGGGACUGUUGGUCCACUGACAGCUAAUACUGAAGUAAAGUUUGUAGAUCCAACAACUGGGAAGAUUCUAGAACACAAUGAGGUGGGGGAACUGUGUAUUAGAGGGCCUCAGAAUAUGAAAGGUUACUUCAACAAUGUAAAGGCCACGAAAGAAAUGACAGACGAGGACGGUUGGCUGCACACAGUUAAGCACAAUUUUAAGCGACAUAUGGGAGACAACGACUGUAUUGUGAUAACGGAUCGUUUGAAAGAGCUGAUCAAGUAUAAAGGAUUUCAGGUUGCCCCUGCAGAAUUAGAAGAUUUGAUACAUAAACACCCGGCAGUGCAAGAUGUAGCAGUGAUUGGCAUGCCAGAUGAUCGAGCUGGAGAGCUACCGCGAGCUUAUGUGGUGCUAAUACCCAGUACUUCACUCCAUGCACAUGACGUUGUGAAAUAUGUAGAACAAAAUGUUUCAGAUUACAAGCGCCUGAGAGGUGGUGUCGUGAAAGAAAUUCCAAAAUCUCCGAGUGGCAAAAUUUUACGAAGGUUGCUCAAAGACUUUUUGUCAAGUUCACAACUGUGACGGACAUGUGGUGGCAUCAGAGAGAUUCGGUUCUGACAAUAGUUGAAUGAAAAAUAAAGAGCACAUUUAUCUUCUCUUUUCUAUCAUAAAAAUAAGAUGUGAUUUUUUUACAAAUUGUUUUAAUUGUGUUGUUUUUGAAAAUGCAAACUAAUUGAAAUUUUGGAGAGAUAAAAUACGUGUUUUCAGUGUAAGUACGUCUGUAGAAGCCCACGAGAAUGUUUGUGACUGAGAUUGAAGGUCGAGAUGACAAAGAUGUCCCAAGGGCUUCUGCAGACAUUUGUCGUUCUGUCGCUGCGAUGGGAUGAAUUAACGAAAUGGCACA